AUGGCGCUGCUCUGCUUACUUCUUGUGAUCUCCAAUCACCUACUGCUCACAUCCGCACCAGCUUUACAGAGCCCUGACAACUGUCGCUGCACCCUCCUUGCCCUUUGUCGCUGCCCAGAUACUAGUAGAAUUUCGGGGGGAACUUCGUGCAGUUGGAUUGGAUACGGAGGGACAUACAGCUUCCCCCUAUGUCUCGACGCCAUACCAACCGACUUCGACAAAGCCACGCGGUCCAUCUUCAUCUACCAUCUCCGGUCUCCCGUGAUUUUGGAGCGGUCUUUCCCCAACAGCCCAGACGUAAAGUUGCUCCAAAUCCAAAAGUCCAACGUUUCCAGGAUCCAGCCAGGGGCUUUCCGAGGUCUCCCCUUGGUCUCCAGGCUUUAUCUUGACGACAACCGCAUCUCCCGUCUUGAAUCUGAUACCUUCAUCGGGCUUGAGAAGGUAACAGACAUAAACCUUAAAAAGAACGCCAUUUCCGUCAUAUCCCCGCAUGCAUUCCGCGGCCUACCCGCCCUUGCCUGGUUGGUGUUGCGUUUGAACCGCCUGCGUUCUGUGCCCGUCGACGCACUCCUGCCGCUUCCGGCACUGAAGAUUGUACACCUCAACAAGAACCACAUCACGACGAUCGACAGCCAAAUCCUGCGUCUGAGACACAACCAGUCCGUACGUCUGGUGUUAGCAGGUAACCGCCUGAAAUGUGAUGCGAAUCUCACCUGGUUCAUCUGUAAUCUACCAGACAUGGACUACAUUUCUGGUCCUGAACUCCUAAAGUGUGCGUCACCUGCCAACCUGAGCGGCAUUCUGCUUGCCACCGUGAGGAAGGACAUCAGUCAGACCAACACGGACUGGUCACCACAGGGGAUCAGGCUGGGGAGAUGUGAUGAAACGUCCACCACAACAGGUCCGCAUCCCCACUACACCAGCCUGCACAUUCCCACAGAAAUGGCUAACACCAGGCCAGGCGCAGAUCUAGAGCCUAGCACAGAGUCUGACGUUGCCACUUCUUUCGGUGGCCCAAUCAUCACUGAGGAAGACGACAGUUACCACGUUAAUGCCGUCGUCACUGCUGUUAUUGUGCCCCUCCUGAUGGUGUUGGCAGCGGGGGCUGUUGUCUACUUGUACGAACGUCACGGCACAGGUCUGGCCCCUCACAACGCUCCUGCUGAAACAGAUGGAAGCCAAAAGAUUGAGCCGUACGCUGUUGCCUACUCAAACUCUGCCGGACUGCGAGCAUCAGGCAGACAAACAAGUCCUUCUCAGGACCAGACAGUAGGGGACAACGAUGACAUUGAGCCGUACGCUGUGUCAUACAUGGAUGUGUCGGGGAAAGGGAAAAACGGCAAGCUUGCACCGUACGCAACAACUUCCUUGGCUAACAUCCAGCCUAUAGAAGACAACGAUGGCAUCCAGCCAAUUGAAGACAACGAUGACAUUGAGCCGUACGCUGUGUCAUACAUGGAUGUGUCGUGCAAAGGGAAAAACGGCAAGCUUGCACCGUACGCAACAACCUCCUUUGCUAACAUCCAGCCAAUAGAAGACAAUGAUGACAUUGAGCCGUACGCUGUGUCAUACAUGGAUGUGUCGUGCAAAGGGAAAAAUGGCAAGCUUUUUCCGUAUGCAACAACCUCCAUCAAUGAAGACCCAGGGCCACAGCUUCAGCCGUACGCAGUGACCUACGAUGAAGACCCAGGGCCACAGCUUCAGCCGUACGCAGUGACCCAUGAUGAAGACCCAGGGCCACGGCUUCAGCCGUACGCAGUGACCGACGAAGGGCCACAGCUUCAGCCGUACUCAAUGACUCACGAUGAAGACAGAGUACCAUUCUCCCAACAAAGGAGUCAGUCACUGCCAAGAGUCCAUACAGGGGCAGGUUAUAUGUCACUUACAAAUGUCACUAACCAACAGACAACAAACGUCAAACAACCAACCAGCCACCCAAACAAGGACACAGCUCACGAGCAGCAGGAAAGUUCGGACAGCACAUCUCCCAAACUGUACAGCACGGCUCAAGGUCAGCGUGAAAGUUCGGAUAGCACAUCUCCCAAACUGUACAGCACCACUCACGAGCAGCGGGAAAGUUCGGAUAGCACAUCUCACAAACUGUACAGCACAGCUCACGAGCAGCAGGAAAGUUCGGACAGCACAGCUCCCAAACUAUAUAGCAUAGCUGAAGGUCAGCGUGAAAGUUCGGACAGCACAUCUCCCAAACUAUAUAGCACAGCUCAAGGUCAGCGUGAAAGUUCGGACAGCACAUCUCACAAACUGUACAGCACAGCUCAAGGUCAGCGUGAAAGUUCGGACAGCACAUCUCCCAAACUGUACAGCACAGCUCAAGGUCAGCGUGAAAGUUCGGACAGCACAUCUCCCAAACUGUACAGCACAGCUCAAGGUCAGCGUGAAAGUUCGGAUAGCACAGCUCCCAAACUGUACAGCAGGGCUCAAGGUCAGCGUGAAAGUUCGGACAGCACAUCUCCCAAACUGUACAGCACAGCUCAAGGUCAGCGUGAAAGUUCGGACAGCACAUCUCACAAACUGUACAGCAGGGCUCAAGGUCAGCGGGAAAGUUCGGACAGCACAUCUCCCAAACUGUACAGCACAGCUCAAGGUCAGCGUGAAAGUUCGGACAGCACAUCUCACAAACUGUACAGCACAGCUCAAGGUCAACGUGAAAGUUCGGACAGCACAUCUCCCAAACUGUACAGCACAGCUGAGGGUCAGCGUGAAAGUUCGGACAGCACAUCUCCCAAACUGUACGGCACAGCUCAAGGUCAGCGUGAAAGUUCGGACAGCACAUCUCCCAAACUGUACAGCACAGCUCAAGGUCAGCGUGAAAGUUCGGACAGCACAUCUCCCAAACUGUACAGCACGGCUCAAGGUCAGCGUGAAAGUUCGGACAGCACAUCUCCCAAACUGUACAGCACAACUCAAGGUCAACGUGAAAGUUCGGACAGCACAUCUCCCAAACUGUACAGCACAACUCAUUAG